AUUUUUUCCAGAUCAAUCUCCAAUUUUGAAUCUAUUUAAACCUGCUCUCUCGUCUCUCUGGACGCCAGCUGCUCCAUCCAAGUUUCCUCGUCGUUCUUUCCUCCUUACCAAACGCUACACCAUAGCAUUCAAUCCAGGAUCUUCAUCAAAUAACGACAAAAAACUUCAUCCCAAGGACAACAUCUCAGUAGUCACUGCCUCCUCGGUCGGCAGCCAAUUACGCAUACCUCAUAGUGCCAACUGCCAAAGGACACUAGUUCGACCCCCUCAGUUGCUACUACCAGCAAGAUGUCCGACGCAAACCACCGCAGGAGCGUCCCAUACCCAUACAACCUCAGACUCUCGGCCAUGGUAGCCGGCGGUUCAAUUUCCAUCACCAGACGCUCCGCGCCCGCCGCCGACAAAUAUUACUUUACCAGAAACUCCGCCCCCGCCGCCGGCUCAACUUACCUCAUCGUCGAAAAGUCCACCGGCCAAGCGCUUGCAUUUAGCCAUGGCGAGCUCAUCCUGGCCACUGUUCCGGGCCUAUCCUCCUACCCCUACACUUCGGAUCCCGUCCAAGCCGGGACUUUUGCCGGUACAUGCAACAGGCACUGUCUCUGGCACUGCAAGGAGUCAGAGGGCUGGCUGGGAUUUCAAAACGCAGUGACUGCACAUGGGGGGUGGCUCGGUCAGGCGGCCAGAGAGCCUGUCUUAACCUCAGACGGACGCUUUUGUGUGAAAAAGGAGGAAUGCGGCGAUAACUACUUGCUCACCAAGAAAUUCAUUGUUGAGGGGAAGGCGGUUAUGGAGUGUGCCCAGUUUGAGCGGUACGCCUUGGACAGAGGACGGUUGGUGCAUUGGAAGAUCAGUGGAAGCGAGAACACAGGAGAAACGACGUGGGAAUUUGUCAAGGUCACUGUUGUGCCAAAGGCGAACUGAACUCUUGAAGAGGAAAACAACAAGGCAAAUCAUUGGGAGGUUCGUCGUAGUUGGAUAUCUUAGGUAGCGUAAGGUAUGGAA